AUGGAGAGGGGAAGGAAGGCAAUAAGAAGAAGACGAAGAGAAGAAAUAUGCAAGAGCCACGAAGCUACACGAGAGAAUAUUCCUGUUGAUAUCGUGAUAGAGAUUCUCACGAGACUCCCUCCUAAAUCCCUUAUGAGGUUCAAAUCAGUGUCAAGGCUUUGGUCAUCCGUUAUUUGUUCGCAAUAUUUCACCAACCGUUUCCUAAAAGCUUCAUCGCCGCCGCGUAUAUACUUGUGGCUCGGCUUCGGCAGCAAACGUGUAUUACUAUCGUCGUCGGCUUCUCCUGACUCGGACGGUACUGUUACUAUGUCAUCCUUUGUCGUUGGCCAAGAUUUGACCAUCCCAGCGAUGGAAGGCUACCACGUCUCUCACGUUUUGCGCGGUUUGAUGUGCUGUACAAAUAGAAAAAGUGCGCAGAUAUACAACACUACCACUAGGCAGCUUGUUAUCUUACCCGACAUAGAAGAAUCCAACAUCAUAGCUGAAAAUCACGAGUCUAAGAGGGUCGUGUACCGCAUCGGACACGAUCCUGUUCUUGAUCAGUAUAAGGUGUUUUGCACAGUCUCAAAACGCGGCAGCGACAGAGUUGGUGGAAAGUUAGUAACAUGCAUGCCAGAGCAUUGGGUCUUGCUACUAGGAGAAAGAGAUGUAUCAAGUCGAUGGAGAAAGAUUCCAAGCCGAUGCCCACCACAUCAUGUUUUAAGACAAGGAUUGACUAUCAAUGGGCGUAUGCAUUAUUACCUCGCUUUAUCUCUUCUGUCUUCUUUUGUGCUUGUGAGUUUCGAUAUUAGUUCUGAAGAAAUAUGUAUGCUCCAACCACCUAUAAAUCGGCUUCCUCUAUUUAUUAGUCUUAUAGAAUGCAGUGGAAGAGUAGCUAAUUUAGACCAUCUCGAUCUUGAAGAGAAGGGUGUGAUGAAACUAUGGGUUAUGGAAGAUGCAGGGAAGAAUAGGUGGUCGAGGAAGACGACUUUGGUGUUGCAGCCUUCUGAUAUGCAUAUGGUCAAUAUGCAUAUGGUCGAUAACAUGGGAUUGAGGGUACAAGGUACAACUAGAAACGGUGAGGUUAUCUUUGUUCCUGAAAAUUCAUACGGUACUCGGACCGGCAAGAUUAUCGUCCAACCACAAAAUACAACUCUUUUCUACGUUUUCAUUUACAAUCUAGAAAAGAAUCAUAUGAGAAAAGUUGAUAUCAAAGAAACAUCAAACCGCUAUCUCACCAGAAAAUGGGAUGUUGUUGGAUUUGAUGACACUGAGAACUUGAUGUAUCUCUAA